AUGGAUAAACAUGUUACAUAUAAUGUACCUAAACCAACAUAUGGCUCCCAUUUUCGUCUGGAGCCGAACGGAAUGUUCGAGAACGAUGGAACAAUUUACUACUUGGACUCCCCUCCUUAUCCAGAGUGCUCCAAAGAUGUUGUGCACACAAUUAUCGACCACGUGGACCAUGUCGUCUUUACGCCUGAAACUGUUAAGCCAAGCAAGCCACAAGACGAUGACAUAGCCAGUGCAAAAGAACGAGAUAUGGAGAUAUAUGAAAAAAGAAUGGGGCACGAGCAACUAGACGAGCGGCAGAGUUAA